AUGGCCAAGCCCUGCGAGAACGGCUACCUGGAGGCCGGCCUGGAGGAGGCGGAGGCGGCCAGGCGGCGUCCCCGGGGCCCUCGGCCGUGCCAAGCCGGCUGCUGCGGGCGCUUCGUGCGCAAACACUGCCUGGUGCUGCUGACGGUCUCCGGGGUGGCGCUGGGCUUGGGGCUGGGCGCCGGCGUGAGGCGGCUGGGGCUGUCCCGCGCGCAGGCGGCCGCCUUCGCCUUCCCCGGCGAGCUCCUCUUGCGCAUGCUCAAGAUGAUCAUCUUGCCUUUGGUGGUCUGCAGCCUGGUCUCGGGCGCCGCCAGCCUGGACACCCGCUCGCUGGGCAAGCUUGGCGGGGUCGCGCUCGCCUACUUCCUGCUCACCACCCUGGGCGCCUCCGCCCUGGCCGUCGCCCUGGGCUUCAUCAUCAAGCCCGGCGUGGGGGCCGGCGCCCUCAACUCCCAGACCCUGGGCUUGGGCGACGCCCUGCCCACCAGCAAGGAGACCGUCGACUCCUUCCUCGAUCUGGCCAGAAACUUGUUUCCCUCAAACCUGGUUGUGGCGGCCUUUCGAUCGUAUGCCACAGACUAUAAAAUGAUAAUACGGAACACAACUCUCGGGAAUGUUACUGAAAAGGUCCCUGUCGGUACUGAAAUCGAAGGAAUGAAUAUUCUGGGUCUGGUCCUAUUUGCACUGUUUUUAGGAGUGGCCUUGAAAAAACUCGGCCCCGAAGGAGAAGAGCUGAUUCGUUUCUUUAAUUCGUUCAACGAGGCGACCAUGGUUUUAGUGUCCUGGAUUAUGUGGUAUGUACCCCUGGGCAUCACGUUCCUUGUCGGAAGCAAGAUUGUAGAAAUGGAAGACGUCGUCCUGCUGGUGACCAGCCUUGGAAAAUACAUCUUUGCAUCCAUUCUAGGCCACGUCAUCCACGGAGGAAUCAUUUUACCCCUUAUUUAUUUUGCGGUCACACGCAAAAACCCUUUCUCUUUCCUCCUGGGGCUCAUAACACCGUUCACGACAGCUUUUGCUACUUGUUCCAGCUCAGCCACCCUUCCAACUAUGAUCAAAUGCAUUGAAGAAAACAAUGGCGUCGACAAGAGAAUUAGCAGGUUUAUUCUGCCUAUUGGGGCGACUGUGAACAUGGAUGGAGCUGCUAUUUUCCAGUGCAUGGCCACAGUAUUCAUUGCUCAGCUGAACAACUUCGACCUGAACGCUGGACAGAUUUUCACCAUUCUCGUGACGGCCACCGCAUCCAGCGUAGGAGCAGCUGGAAUCCCUGCGGGAGGCGUUCUGACCAUUGCGAUUAUCUUGGAGGCCAUUGGACUUCCCACCAAUGACAUCUCCCUCAUUUUGGCAGUGGACUGGAUUGUGGACCGGACGACCACUGUUGUGAACGUCGAAGGGGACGCGUUUGGAGCUGGCAUCCUUCAUUACCUGAAUCAAAAAGAAAUGAAGGGGAAAGAGCCGGAGCUCAGCGAAGUCUACGUGGAAGCCGUUCCAAACUGCAAGGCUGAAGCGGAAACCUCCCCUCUGGUCAUGCACAAGGACCAAACCCCGCCCACUCCGUCACCUUGCACUACGGACGUAGAAUCGAAAGAAUCGGUCCUCUGAAGGCGAAGGAGAAGAAGGAUUAUGGGAGUGGGGAGGCCUCCUCUGUGAUGCUUUUCAGAGGCGAUUCUGACCAGACUUUGCUGCUGUGUGGAGUUGAGCCGGACGUCUUUCUUUCUCUGUUUCAGUGGUACGAAAUCCAACGAUGGCCAGCCAUGGACUGUUGAGUGUGCGUGUGUGUAUUUGACAACAGAUGCUUUUUUUAAAAAAGUGGCAAAAUGGUGAGGCUUUGUAUUUAUGCACGUGCGUGAAAUACGCGUGGGCGAAAGUGAUUUUGAGCAAAGCCCUGCUUCCUUUUGUUUGAAAUGAAUAUCAGAGAUCUGCUCUG